AAAAUGAUAGUUGGGCGAGUCCAGUUCCAGUUUCAGUAGUUUAUAAGGUCUAUAGUUUGUUGUUUAUUGUUUUGUUUAGAAGAGAGAGGAUUGAAAUACCUGAUAAAUGGAAAAAUUGCAAACAGAAAACUUGGAAAAAAUGUUUUGCAGGCUGUGUAUAAAUAGUGUAGACAAUGAUAGUUGCCAGGUAAUAGGAGAAGCCCUAAAGGACGUUCUGGAAAUUGUUUUACCAAAAUUGAAUUUGGACGAACGAAACAAACAUUUCAUCUGUGAAGCAUGUUCCAUAAAAUUAUUUGACGCUUUUAAUUUUAAGUCGUCUUGUAUUGAAACCGAGGAUAUUAUUUUUCCUUAUAUUGAUGUUAGUAAAGUGUCCGUGGUUGAUUUAAAAGAAGUUUAUCUAAGAGAGAAGGGAAAUAUUCAGUUAAUAGAUAUAUCGGAAAACCAGAGGAUUUGUCGAUUAUGUUUUCAGUUGGUGACAUCCGGAUUUGUGUCAUUAAAUGAAGUUGACAUUGGCAUAGUUGGAACAUAUAUACCACAAGUUAACAUCAACGCUACCAGGGAUCCUGUUAUAUGCGGACCAUGUUUUAAUUCGCUUCGUACUCAUGGUGGCUUUGCAAAGAACUGCCUUGAUGCACAGGAACAAUACAAAAGUUCAGAUAAACAGUUUUAUGUUAAAACCGAAGAAAUUAAAGUAAAACUGGAAGAAGACAGUCAGGAUGUGCCGGAGAAAUUUAAAAACAUUGACGAGCAGUCUGAUAUUAGAUCUGAAAAGAUUGAAAUAAAACUAGAGGGAGAGGUUUGUGAUGGUGAUUCAUCUUCAUACCACUUAGAUAAUGAAUUAGUAGAAGGCUUAGGAGAAAUAGAAAAUGAGCACAUGCUUAAAUGGGAGACAGAAUUUAAAGAAAGUAACUUCCAAAUACCCGCAAGUGAGAAGCCUGGAUUUCAAAACUGUGAGCCUUCACUGGAUAAGCAGUUCUACAGAUGUGAUCAAUCAAUACAUAUAGAUUUCUCAGGAGUGAGAACGUACAGGUGUGACAUGUGUAGUUAUGAAACUAAAUUUAUGAGUUCUCUGAAAAAGCAUCAGUUAAUACACAAAGAUUCUUCAGAAGUCCAAACGUACAAGUGUGAUACAUGUAGUUUUAAAAUAACUAAGCAAACUAAGCAUAAGAGUUACCUGAAAGUGCACCAGUUAACACACAAAAACCCUGCGGAAAUCCAAAUGUACAGAUGUGAUAUGUGUGAUCAUAAAGCUAAACUGAUAUUUUCAUGUUUUGAAGUCUUGAACACAGUUAACGGGGGCAGUUUUUGAGUGGUCACUCUAUACAAGAGCAGAUUUGUAUUUAACCUUUACAAUGCAUAUAUAGUAUAUUUUACAACUCGUUUACAAUCUAUGAUUUA